AGAGCUGUAGCCGAGAGAGGAUCUCAGAGUCUAGCGCAGCCACCGCGAUGAGAGGCGCUCGCGGCGCCUGGGAUCUGCUCUGCGUCCUGUUUGUCCUGCUCCGUGGCCAGACAGGAACUUCCCAGCCAUCUGUGAGUCCAGGGGAGCUGUCUCCACCAUCCAUCCAGCCAGCGCAACCGGAGUUAAUCGUCGAAGCUGGUGACACAGUCAGGCUGAUGUGUGUCGAUCCCGCCUUUGUCAAAUGGACUUUCGAGACCAUCAAUCAGAUGAGUGAGAAUAAACACAACGAGUGGAUUCAGGAACCAGCCGAGGCCACGCACACGGGCAAAUACACGUGUAUCAACAGUGCUGGCCUCAGCAGCUCUAUUUACGUGUUCGUUAGAGAUCCCGCUGUACUUUUCCUGGUUGACCCUCCCUUGUAUGGGAAAGAAGACAAUGACACGCUGGUCCGCUGCCCUCUGACAGACCCGCAGGUGUCCAGUUACUCCCUCAGGGAGUGUGAUGGGAAAACUCUCCCCAAGGACCUGACAUUCGUCCCAAACCCCAAGGCUGGCAUCACCAUCAAAAACGUGAAGCGCGCCUACCACCGGCUGUGUCUCCGCUGUGCUGCCCAGCGGGGAGGCAAAUGGGUGUUGUCGGACAAGUUCAUCCUGAAAGUGAGAGCAGCCAUCAAAGCCAUCCCAGUUGUAUCUGUGCCCGAAACAAGCCAUCUCCUUAGGGAAGGGGACAAAUUUACGGUGACAUGCACCAUAAAGGAUGUGUCUAGUUCCGUGGGCUCCAUGUGGAUAAAGGGGAACACGCAGGCUAAAGCGCAGGUGAAACAGAGUAGCUGGCAUCGGGGUGACUUCGAUUAUGAACGCCAGGAGACACUGACUAUCAGCUCGGCAAGAGUUAACGAUUCUGGUGUCUUCAUGUGUUAUGCCAAUAAUACUUUUGGAUCUGCAAAUGUCACAACAACCUUGAAAGUAGUAGAUAAAGGAUUCAUCAACAUCUUCCCCGUGAAGAAUACUACGGUAUUUGUAAACGACGGAGAAAAUGUGGAUUUGGUGGUUGAAUAUGAGGCCUACCCCAAACCUGAACAUCAGCAAUGGAUAUAUAUGAACAGGACCUCCCCUAACAAGUGGGAAGAUUAUCUCAAGUCUGAUAAUAGAAGUAACAUCAGGUACGCCAGCGAACUUCAUCUGACCAGAUUAAAAGGCACAGAAGGAGGCACUUAUACCUUCCUGGUGGCCAACUCUGAUGUCAGCGCUUCCGUGACAUUUAACGUUUAUGUGAACACAAAACCGGAAAUCCGGACGUCUGACAGGCUCCCGAAUGGCAUGCUCCAGUGUGUGGCAGAGGGAUUCCCAGAGCCCACAAUAGAUUGGUAUUUUUGUUCGGGAACAGAGCAAAGGUGUGCCAUUCCCAUCCCAGCGGUGGAUGUACAGAUCCAGAACGUGUCUGUGUCACCGUUUGGGAAACUGGUGGUCCAGAGUUCCAUAGACUCCAGCGUCCUCCGUCACAACGGCACGGUGGAGUGUAAGGCCUACAACGAUGUGGGCAAGAGUUCCGCCUUCUUUAACUUUGCAUUUAAAGGUAACAACAAAGAGCAAAUCCAAGCCCACACCCUGUUCACCCCCCUGCUGAUUGGCUUUGUCAUCACAGCUGGCAUGAUGGGCAUCAUCGUGAUGGUCCUCGCCUACAAAUACCUCCAGAAACCUAUGUAUGAAGUACAAUGGAAGGUUGUCGAGGAGAUAAAUGGAAACAAUUAUGUUUACAUAGACCCGACACAACUUCCUUACGAUCACAAAUGGGAGUUUCCCAGAAACAGGCUGAGUUUUGGGAAGACGCUGGGUGCCGGUGCCUUUGGGAAGGUUGUCGAGGCCACUGCCUAUGGCCUAAUUAAGUCAGAUGCCGCCAUGACGGUCGCUGUGAAGAUGCUUAAACCAAGUGCCCAUUUAACGGAAAGGGAGGCCCUCAUGUCAGAACUGAAGGUUCUGAGCUAUCUAGGCAAUCACAUGAACAUCGUGAAUCUUCUUGGAGCGUGCACCGUGGGAGGGCCCACCCUGGUCAUUACAGAAUAUUGUUGCUAUGGUGAUCUUUUGAAUUUUUUGAGACGAAAACGUGAUUCAUUUAUUUUCUCAAAGCAAGAAGAUCAGGCAGAAGCGGCACUUUAUAAGAACCUUCUGCAUUCAAAGGAGACUUCCUGCAACGACAGUACCAAUGAGUACAUGGACAUGAAACCUGGAGUUUCCUAUGUUGUACCAACCAAGACAGACAAACGGAGAUCUGCAAGAAUAGACUCGUAUAUAGAAAGAGACAUGACUCCCGCCAUCAUGGAAGAUGAUGAGUUGGCUCUGGACCUGGAAGAUUUGCUGAGUUUCUCCUACCAGGUGGCCAAGGGCAUGGCGUUCCUCGCCUCCAAGAAUUGUAUUCACAGAGACCUGGCGGCCAGGAACAUUCUCCUCACUCAUGGUCGGAUCACAAAGAUUUGUGAUUUUGGUCUUGCCAGAGACAUCAGGAAUGAUUCGAAUUAUGUGGUCAAAGGAAACGCCCGACUGCCUGUGAAGUGGAUGGCCCCGGAGAGCAUCUUCAACUGUGUGUACACGUUUGAAAGUGACGUCUGGUCCUAUGGCAUUUUCCUGUGGGAGCUGUUCUCUUUAGGAAGCAGCCCCUACCCAGGGAUGCCAGUCGAUUCGAAGUUUUAUAAGAUGAUCAAGGAAGGCUUCCGGAUGCUGAGUCCGGAGCACGCACCUGCAGAAAUAUACGACAUAAUGAAGACUUGCUGGGACGCUGAUCCCCUGAAAAGGCCGACGUUCAAGCAGGUCGUGCAGCUGAUCGAGAAGCAGAUCUCAGAGAGCACCAAGCAUAUUUACUCCAAUUUAGCAAACUGCAAUCCCAACCCAGAGAACCCCGUGGUGGUGGACCAUUCUGUGCGGGUGAAUUCUGUCGGCAGCAGCGCCUCUUCCACCCAGCCUUUGCUCGUGCACGAAGAUGCCUGAGCAGAAAUCAUGGCCACCAGGCUUCCCUGCUGUCUCCCUCCCUGGUCUUUUGGCUCCCAUGAUGGUUGUUUUGUAUUCCUUUGACUUGUAUCCUACUUCAGGGUAGCUGGUCCCCCAUCCCCACCCCACUGUGAUCCUGUCUUUAUGAGCACACUUUAGUGGCUGAUGGCCUUUCUGUGUUGCCAUCAGCCACCGUCCCACUGCGAAGGUCCGAACUGUAUGUAUAUCUUUUCCUAAUAGCAAAGUAGCUCCUACUGUAAACAGAACUCCUGCUUUAGAGAAGGGAGGGUGGGGUGAAACUAGGUGCCCAGAGUUCUUUGCAAUGCUCCUCUGAGUCUGUCUGAAACGUAUGGCCAGUAGUUCAUUUGAAGAAUAGAAGUAGUCCCAUCUGGCCUAGCGAGCCCUCCAAGAUGAUGGGGAAGAUGAGGAAGACUAGAAAGUGAAACCCAAGCCUUUUGUGUGGAAAGUAGACCAUUAUCAGAACAGAGGACACUUGAAAACAUCUGGGCUUAAGAAAUCUAGUAGUUCAUGCUGAGAAGGAGACCUAGGCUGUGAAAGAAAGUGCCCCGGAAGCACGAACAAAGAUUCUUUGCUGUGGGCUGCUGCACAGGCUUUUGUACAACUGACCUGGUUUUUAAAUAGAGUUCGCUGUUAGGGAGUAGAAUGGAGACAAGACCUCCCUAGCCAGCAUUUGUAAAUACUCAUCUAUACGUUGUAUGUGUCCAUACAUUGGAGGGGGGAACCCCGCGAGCUUUAGUUUCUGGUACAACCCUGGCAUAGGUCUGCUGUGUGUAAGAAUAGAUUAAGAGCCAUACAGAUUUGAAGGAAACAGUUAAUGCCUUUUUUUUUUGAAAGGAAAAAUAUUAACUGCUAAGCACAAUUUUUAUAAAACCUCUUAGCCAAUGUACUUGCUCUGUAGAUUGCCGAGAACAAGCCUCCCAGCUUCAGAGGGGCAUUGUAGGCAAGGGAACUGACGCCCUUCUGAAAAGAUUACCAUUUUACCCCGAGAUUCCCACAGGAGUGAGAAAACAGUGCGGUCCUGGUUUGGAUUCUCACAUAGCAGGAAGCGAAAGUUAGAUUCUGCCUUUUUUAUAGGCACAUCCUGGACAUCGGGCCAGUAUCUAUAUAAGUGUGUGAGUGUGUGUGUGUGAGUGAGUGUGUGUGUGAGUGAGUGUGUGUGUGUGUGUGUGUGUGUGUGUGUAGAUGGCGUGUGGGUGAGAUAUCUUGGGGACCUUGUUGCCCUGAAUCCUGGAGGUCCCCCAGUACCCAAGAAGUAACAGCUUUUUUUUUUUUUUUUUCACUUCUCCUGUCUCUCUCCUGUUUCCCUGCAUAUCGCCCACCGGCCAGAAGAGAUUACCCAAAGCCACCAGCGGCUUAGCAGAGUGGAGUGCUUACGGAUCUAUUUAUUUGAAAUCCACCUGCACUUAUGACACUCUUAUCUAUACUCAACAUACUGUACCCAUCCCUUAGACCUUAUAGAAUGCGAUCAUUCCAGGAAAGCGUAAACUGGAAGCCUGGAUGUUACCACGUAGUUGCCACGCCUGCCCCCACUCCCCAUCAUCACUGUCCAGUAUAAGCGAUAAGUGUGUCCCUGGCAAGAUUCCCGUGUUGUCUUGCAGGGUUCAGGUAUGUUGCCUUCACGGUUUCCCCCCAACUCUUGACCCCUUAGACUACAUUCAGAGACAUGUGGCCAUCCAGCUGGAAGUGACCGCUUGCACUGGUCUUCCACACUCUCGCACCUUUCUAAAGUUAACUGGUGUGGCGGUUGUGUUGUCACGGACGAGGCUGUCACUGUUUGCCAUACUGUGUCCGAAACAUUCCUUUGCAUUCCUAUCGACUUUGGUUAUAAUAAGGAAAGUAGCUGUUAAAUAUGGAUGUCUAGGUACUUCAGGGGCGCACCAUUGAGAAUUUGUCUUGGAUAUUCUUGAAAGUUUAUAUUUUUAUAAUUUUUUUUACAUCGAAUGUCAGAUGUUUCUUUCAGUUGCUUGAUGUUUGGAUUUAUUUUGUGGCUUUUUUUGUAAAUAUUGAAAUGUAGCAAUAAUGUCUUUUGAAUAUUCCCAAGACCCAUGAGUCCCUGAAAAUAUUUUUUAUAUAUACAGUAACUUUAUGUGUAAAUAUAUAAGCUGUGCAAGUUUGAACAUGUUAUGGUUCAUGUGUGUGUUUUUUUCUGAUAUGUUGUCCAAUUGUUGACAGUUCUAAAGAAUUCUAAUAAAAAUGUAAAUGUAUA